AUGGAUCAAAAAUUUGUUUCCUCAGCGGAAAUAGAAGAAGCCAGAAAAAAGCGUGCUGAAGAAUGGAAGGCUGCUUAUGAAAGACUGGGAGAAAAACCACCAGAAAUAGAAGAGGAGUAUGAUCCUCGUACUUUAUACGAGAAAUUACAAGAACAAAAAAUGAAAAAAGAGGAAGCUUUUCAGGAAAUGACAAGAUUCAGUAAUCUGAUACAUAGACUUGAUGAGGAUGAAAUAGAUUUUUUGGCAACAUUGGAACAUGAACAACGUGGUAAAGAAAAGGAAAAAAUGAAAAAAGUUGAACAAGAACUUGAAGAGUUUAGACGAGCUGCUGCCAAGGCUGAUGAAGAAGCGGCACCAAAACUUAUAAUUCAACCUGAAACGGUCUCAGCAGCACCAAUAAAGACUUCCGUAAAAAAAGAUGCACAACGAAUGAUUUUGGAGAGUGCUAUUAAAAUUCCUUCACGUAAGAGAUCACUAAAUAAUGAUGAUACUCUUUCAUCUAAUUCUAAUGAACAAUCAAAAGAUCAGAAGCGUUCAAAACUGGAUUCAUCUUCAAGCAAAGAAUCAUCAUCAUCAACCACAUCAAACAAUAACAUUACUAAUAAUAAUACUUUAGCAUCUUUGUUAGCAUAUAGUGACAAUAGUAGUAGUGAUGAGAAUACCAGUGAUGAUGAAUCAUAA